AUGCGGUGUAUCUGGUCGUAUUUGAUUGUCCUUGUUUGUGUUCUUGCCGUAGAUGUUACAGCGAGCAAGAAGUGCCAAGUUUGUAUUGAGGUGAUGAACAAAUUGCAAAAAGCUGUUGAUGAAAAUAGAAAUAUGGACCCUAUUAAGGUGGUGGAUGAAACGUGUGAAACACUAACGGGAAAGCACCGAAAGAUUUGCUCAAAUAUUGGAGCUUUACCAAAUUCACCAACUCGUAUCGUCAACACUGUUGCUCGUCAGUUAUCGUCAUCUGUUCCUGCCGAAAAGAUUUGCGAAAAACUAGCCAAAAACGAUCCUCAAAUUUGCGAAAUAAUGCACCGUAAGUUAAUUCAUGAUGCCGAUUUCAAAAAAAUGAGCGUGAGGGAGCUUAAACAAACACUUGCCUUCAUCGGAGUUGAGUGUACAGGAUGCAUGGAUAAAAGCGAUUUUAUCGAAAUGGCCGAAAAAAAUCGACACAAAAUUCCUCGUGGUGAACUUUAA